GUAACAAAAACGACUAGUAUAACCCAUUAACAAACAUGUUUAUCAUAUAAAAAAAAAACUAACAAUCUUAAGAAAUCACAAUUCUUAAAAUAAUCAUAUUAAUUACAAUAUCUGUUUCGCUGUUCUUAAGUAUUUAAAAAAAACAUGUUCCAUUUGAAUUUGUGGGUCGGUUUGUGGUCGCAAAUUUGAUGAUUCAUCAUCAGCAGUCCAAAUACCAAAUAGUAUAAAUCUCAUCCAACCGUCCAACUUUAAGUUGUAAAGUUGUAAUCAUUAGUCAACAUACAUAGUCUUGAUUGAUCAUGGAAGAUACCAGAACAUAUGUUGAUCCCGCCAGUUUAUCUCGGAAAGUAGUUUCUAUUGCUGCCGGAGAGGCUCACACACUCGCUCUCAUCGGUGAUGGGAGUGUAUAUUCAUGGGGAAGAGGGACCUUCGGCCGGCUAGGCACCGGUUCAGAGCUUGAUCGGCUGUUUCCCGCCAAAGUUGAGUUUAGUUUUAACAGUAGAAGUGAUGAAACGAUUAAGAUCGUUGGAGUCUCAGCCGGUUCUUAUCAUAGCCUUGCUCUUUCGGAUGAUGGGUCAGUUUGGAGCUGGGGUCAUAAUACCUAUGGUCAACUCGGGGUCAACGGAGAGAAUUCCUUGGUUCCGUCUUUGGUAGAAGGGUUCCACGGGAUAAAUCCUACCGACGGAUCAAUAACAAAGAGCGAAACACAACUUAAGAUAUCAUCAGUGAAAGCUGGAGGUAAUAUGUCACUUGCAAUAGACGAUCUCGGGUCUCUCUGGAUAUGGGGCAACUGUCCUCCACAAGACACACCAAAUGAAGGUCAAGAAUUCUCACUUCUCACCACAUACACUCCAAUCCCAGUUUGGCAUUUCCAUGGUCAAACUGUGGUCAAAGUAGCAUGUGGAAGUGAACACAUUCUAGCAUUAGUUAGUUCAGUAGAAACACAUACAGGAAGUGAUCUUGUAUGCUAUUCGUGGGGCAACAACAAUCACGGGCAGCUUGGUCUAGGAGAUACAGAGUUCCGGGCAGUUCCAGAAAUGAUUGAAACGUUCAAUACCGAAUCAUCUUGGGUAGCGUAUGAACUAGCAUGUGGAGCAUUCCAUAGUUCUGUACUCGCGUAUAAAAAAGAAGAAGAUGAUUCGUUAAAAAGCAUGUGCUGGACUUUUGGGCUCGGGGAGAACGGGCAGCUCGGGCAGGGAACCACCAAAAAGGCGUUACGCCCUGACAUGGUUAGAUCAUUACGCGUUAAUAUAUGGUUAAUCUCGGUUGACUGUGGUUUGUUUCACACGAGUGUGGUUUCAUCGGUUGGGGAUGUUUGGUCAUGGGGAAUGGAAAACGGGUUGGGCCUUUGCCCUGAAGCGAGUGAAGGUGGAGAUGCUCUUACUCCACGUGUGAUCUCGUGUAAUGGUCAAAACGGGUCAAACGGGUCAAACUUUCCUGACCCGAUACAAGUGGCUUGUGGGGCAGCCCAUACUGUUCUUCUUGCGGAAAACGGGUAUAAGCUUUGGUCAUGGGGGAGAGGAAGAAGUGGAGUUCUUGGAAAUGGUCAAGUUAAUGACUUUUUUGACCCGAAUCUAGUGUUAUGGCCGCCGUUACACGAAGAUUUCGAGAAAAACGAACCACAAACGAUUAGUGAAAAGAGUUCAAAGGAUGUCACAGAAAUUGAAGAGGAACUUUAUAUAAUGGAACAUUAUGCUAGCAUUCUUCAUGGUUCUAUUUUUGGUAAACCUUUUGAUAAAGCGAACAAUAUACCCGAUUCUUUAAAGAAUUCGGGUACUUUUGAUGUUGGUAAAGCGUGGGAGGAUAUGUUGGAGUCGUGUGAUUAUGAUACGCUUGUACGGUUAGAAACGUUCUAUCGUAAUAUGCUAGUGGUUGUUAAAGAUAAGAUUAUGAAGAGAAAGAUUUAGGGUAAUGCAUUGUUAAGGUAUCAUACUAUGUGUUAAUGUUUUAAAGGUUAGCUUGU